AUGAGUAAGUCGUUGGGGAUUCCGGUGAAGCUGCUGCACGAGGCGCAAGGCCACGUUGUUACUAUCGAGCUGAAAAACGGGGAGUUAUAUCGAGGCACGCUGACGGACUGCGAGGAUAACUGGAAUUGCCAAAUGGAUAACAUCACAUUCACUGCCAAGGACGGCAAGGUAUUGCAGCUGGAACACGUUUUCAUAAGGGGGAGCUUCGUUCGCUUCGUCAUCAUCCCAGACAUGCUACGGAAUGCGCCCAUGUUCAAACGACUGGAAGCCAAGCUCAAGGGCAAGGGGUCGUCCAACCUGGGAGUGGGCAGGGGCAGAGCCGUGGCAAUGCGAGCUAAAGCUAGGUCUGCAGCAAGGGGGGCGCUGGGAGCAGCACCAGAUGGGGGUGCUCCUAUGGGCAUGAUGGGCCGAGCUUCCUUGCUCAGUUGCACUAUCACUAUGGCUUCCAUCCGCGUGCUGUCGUUCGAUGCUGAGGGCCGCCCUGUGAAGUUCGCCACUUGGCUGGAUGACCUGCAGCUGUUCCUUCUGAGCGAUAGCAAGGAGCAUGUGUCGCUCUAUGAUUACGCGUCUGGUGCUGCACCUGCCCCUCCUGCCACAGCUGAGCUUAGUGUUCGUUCCCACUGGCAGACUCGUGACGCAGCUGCUCGCCUAGCCAUUCGCAGUCACCUCCCGCUAGCUGAGCUCGAGCAUUUUGGCGACUGCAAAUCCGCUAAGGCCCUGUACGAUGCUGUCGUUGCUCGCUACUCCUCGCCUGCCACAGCCGAGCUUAGCCGCCUCAUGCUGCCGUACCUGUUCCCUGACCUGUCCACCUUUGCUACAGUCGCCGAUCUUAUCACCCACCUUCGCACUAGUGAUGCUCGCCUGCGUGCUGCCCUUCCCACCGAGUUCUGCGCUAAGAACCCCCCUCCACUGUACUGGACACUCCACUUCAUAGUCACCCGACUCCCUGACACCCUCAGCUCAGUUCGAGACCACUUCCUUGCUCGCUGUCCCACUGAGCUCACAGUCGCCCUCCUAGAGGAGCAGCUGCUAGCGGCCGAAAAGAGCAUUGUAGCUGUCGGUGCUGCUCGUGGCGCUCCUCGCACCCCCAUCUUUGAGGGGUGUUCUCCCUCUCCCCUCGCUCCCUCCUACGCUACUGCUGCUGCUGUUGACUUCCUUGGUGCUGACUCCCAGCAGCAGCAGCGUCCCCAGACGACCCAGCAGCUUCGUGAGUGGCUUGCUCAGCGUGGGACGUCGGGGGGCAAUGGCCGCUGUUCCUAUGUCAUUCGCACAGGUGACCGCAAGGGACAGACGUGUGGGAGGUUCCACACCCCGUACCGCUGCUUCUCCCGCCUUGACGACGCUUGGCGUGAGGAGAUGGGCGAGGAUGUUGAGCGCCCCCGCUGGGCUGAGCUCAUGAGGGCUGGUGUUGAUAUCUUUGCUCUUGACUAUGAUGCUAUUAUUGCUGCCAUGGCCCGCUGCCCUGGGUACUAG